AUGCAGUAUGAAGUGACAGGUGAAUCGUGCGAGAUCGACCUCUCGCAGCUUAUCAACUUUUCCAUGUCCUUUCAGCCCCUGCAGCUGCUCUUCCGCGACAUCCUCAAGCGCGUGAAGGAGACGGAGCUUGAUAACGAGCGGCAGGAUGACGAGAUAUACCAACUGAAGAAGUCGCUGGAGGAAAUGCGGCAGCGAGACGCGGAGCGCGAGGCGCAGCUGCAGGAGCUGCUGCAGCAGAAGCAAGGAAAGGAGGAAGAGGAGGCGGGUGAGGCUCAGCCAGGAGAGGAGGGCGCGCCGCCUGUUGAACUUCACGCGCUGUGGGAGGAAGUGGAGCGCAUCAAGCGCCUCAUGGGCGAGUUGCAGCGCACCGGGCGCCGUCGCACCAUCGAGGAGCUGUACGCCGCGCGCAAGCGACAUGAGAGCGGUGCCGGCGCCUCUUUCUCCGACGUGCGCCGCAAGCGCUCGACGACGCCCCUGCAGCCGCGCGAGGAGGGCGCGGAGGAGGUUGGCGAUGCCAUCCUGUGCCGCGCACGCGAGGACCUCAUGCUCAGCGACGAUGCGAAGUCGCUGCCAGCGGCGCUGGAGGAGGGUGCUGCAACGGGGGAGACGGUGGAGCCGCCGCGCCGUGACGAAGCGAUGGAGCAGCAGCGGCAAACGGAGGAAGAACAGCAGCAGCAGCAACAGCAGCCAGCAGAAGGGAGAGCUGGGAUGGGUGAGGUCGUCCCCACUACCUCUUUGUCGCGGAGCGGGGAGGAUCAGUCAUUGCCAUUCCAGUCCGACUCGCCCAUGCGCAGUGAGCGCCUGGAGUGGCCGUCGACAGGCGGAGCGGCACUGGCUGGCAGCACGGGUAGCUCUGUUAUGCAGUCACUUGGCCAGCCGCCGUUCAGGGACAUCAACAGCUCUAUCUGCGACCGCCUUCGGCAGGACGGUGCCGACAUUGAGCACCUCAACCGCGUUGUAGCAGAAAUGCUGAGCGAGAUGAAAGGCCUCCACGCGGACGUGGACCUUAUGCGCACCAUCGGCUCGGCGGCAGGCGACACGACGCAACCAGUGCCACUUCAACGGCGGGGAACGGGAGACGUUGACGAUCUUCUCCGCCGUGUGGAGGCGUUGGAGGACGCUGUGAGCUCCAUGAAGAAACACGGUGGCUCGCCGAGCGGCAGCACGUCCACCGUCCCUGGUGUCGGACCUGCCUCUGCCGCUGCCGGCCCAGGCGAGCGCAGGGAGUCGAUGAAGAACGAUUUCCGCCGGCUGAGGGAACGGCUCGACGCGUUGGAGCAGGCACAGGAGCGUACGGACGGCAAACUUGGUGGCAUUCUCGCUGCCCCCACGACGACGAGCGGAGACACCGGCAUCAACCCCGCGCAGGUGGCUGCGCUGGCCGCCACUGUCGACGCGCUCGAGCGGCAGCUGGCGGCACUGCAGAAGCUCGGCUUACGCAACUGCGAUGACGACCUUGACGCGCUGCGGGAGGCGGUGGAGCGGCUGCAGCGGGAGGCUGAGGCGCUGCGCAACACAUGCGCCUCGCUGGACGAGACGAAGGAGGACAAGGGCGUACGACGGCAACCCUCGCUCUCGGCCACGGUGGGAGGGGAAACCCUGCCACCGCCCGUCACGAGUGCAGAGGACCACACUGCAGCAAUCAAUGACUUGCUCCGUCGCCUGGGGCACAUUCAGCAGCGGAUGAGCGACGCAGAGGCGAGUGUGAAGGACCUCGAGGAUCAGAAGGCCGAUCGUGCUGCACUACAGCGAGUGUGCGACGACCUAAAGCAUCUGCGGCAGCUACUGGAGCUCGGGGCGGCCAAAAAGGGCGACGGAGAGGCUGUAGGCAUCACCGCUGCAAUGCAGGAGGAGAUGCUCCAGAAGUUGCAACAGCAGAUGUCAGAGCAUAUGCAAGACUUUAACAAGUCACGGGAGGGCACUAGCAGCGACCUGGAUGCACUGCGCGAGUAUGUAGAGCAGAUCGACCACCGAAAGGCGGAUGCGUCGCUUGUGGCGAAUAAAGCUGAACGCGACUACGUCGAGAACGCACUAGAGAGGCUGAUGCGUGAGGUGGAGCAGGUGUUGAACGCCACCAACGCUGGCCUCAUCGACACCCUUGACAAGUCUCUCAACGUGCUACGCGACAUGCUCGACGGCAAGGCGACGAAGAACGACAUGACGCAGUUGCAGCGCCUCGUGAGCGAGGAGCACACUGGCAGCAGCGUGCCCGACGCGCUGAUGGGCUUCAAGGGCUUCCGCUGCCUCGGCUGCAACCGUCCGGUGGAGACGAUGCGGCCGCGUGUGAUGGGCAGCCGCCUGCAGCCGUUCGUCAACCGCCUGCCGCAGAACCACCCGGGAGGCUCCACCACCGCCCGCAUCCUGCAGGGCCCGGCCGCCGCCACCGAUGUCGCCCCUUCGCCGCCGAGCACCUCCUAG